CAAUUUUCCUUUUUCUUUUUCACCCUUUUAAGCAGAAAUCUUUUUCACCCUUUUUAGCAGGAAAAGAAAACAACUUCCAUGUUCAUGACCAUGUAAACUCCAACUCAACUUAUUUAAAUUUCGUUUGGGCAGUCAUCUAAUAGCCAUUCGGGUCCCCAUCAGUUUUUUGGCAGACCGAUAAUGCAAAUAACUAUCCAUUUGUUCAAAAACCAUUUGGUAGUCCAUCUCCUUUUGGUGCACAAACAUGAGGUUCUAUUUUUGGUGGCACAUCUACUGGUGUGCUUGGUUCCUAACCAGCUUAUGGUGCAUCAUCAACACCUGCUUUUGGGAGUUCGUUGCCUAUCUUUGGAGAUUCAUCAAGGUAGUUCUCUGUUUGGGCAAAAGCCUGCAUUUGGUGGCUUUGGAUCCACUAUGCAGACGAGUCAUAUUGGAAUUUCUGCAAUCACAACCUGCUUUUGGAAGCAGCUUGUUUGGGUCAUCACUUUUUGGAGCUUCUAGUCAACCUGUUUCUGGUGCUACCAGCACACCAGCAUUUGGAUCCUCAAGCACUCCUUUAUUUGGCUACGAGCGGCCUGCUUUUGGUCCUACGUCAACCCCAUCAUUUGGCAACACAGGUUCCGCAUUUGAUGUUUCUGGCUCUUCUGUUUUUGGAUCUAGCAGUCCAACCUUGGUGCAUCAAGUUCAUCAGCAUCUGGUUCAGGUACUCCUGCUUUUAGAGCCUCCAGCAUUUAGCUCUUCACUGGCUCCUGCUUUUGGUGCUGCUAGCUCUCCUUUCGGUUUUGGGUGUCCAGCAUGGUCAAUUUACAUCUGCAUUUGGCAGCAGUCUAUGUGGUACUGCUAUCCCGGCCUUUCGGGCACCUAGCUCGUUUGUUACCUAUUCAUAUGUACAUAGCUGUUUCCUUGUUCUAGAACUAAUAUUUGGUACUGUGGUGACUAAAAAUAUAUACUUGGUUGAACCACUAGAAUGCAAGUGGUCAGGCCAUAACACCAGCAUUUGGGAGGAAUGGGCUCUGGUACUAAUACUGAUCAGCAGUCAAACCUUUUUUCUUCCUCUUCUGUAGAAGUCGGUUAUGAUGAACAACUUCGCACUUAGGAUCAUACAAAUGUCCUAAGUUGCUUUAACUACUUUUGGUUAUUAGAAUCACCAUUGGGAUUAGAGAAAA